CCUGUUGCAUGGCGGGGCAGUUGCUAUAAAUCUAUAUUAUUCAAGCCAUUAAGACACAUGAGUACUACUGGAGCAGCCCUGUCCACUCGUCUCUUAUCACUACUCAGCCGUUUCUAGAUAUUCUCCUGCAUUUGGUUCCUGGCCAUUUAAACAAAGAAUUAGGUUUGGACAAGCAAGCCAUGACUGCAUGUUUGAUCAAGAAGAAACCAGAAAAUGGGAGUUGAAGGCACUUUGGAAUACUUUUCCGAUCUGCUAAGCAGUGUCAGAAAGGGCAAGAAGAAGAAGAAGAAGCAAAUCCAAACAGUGGCGCUCAAAGUCAGGAUGGACUGUGAAGGGUGUGUGCAGAAGGUCAAGAAAGUUGUCUCUGGUGUAAAAGGGGUAAAAUCUGUGGAAGUGGACCUGAAACAGCAGAAGGUGACGGCGACGGGAUAUAUGGAGGCAAAGAAGGUGUUGGAAGCAGCAAAGUCAACGAAGAAAAAGGUGGAGCUAUGGCCAUAUGUUCCAUACACACUUGUGGCUCAUCCAUAUGUAUCUCAGGCUUACGACAAGAAGGCUCCUCCUAAUAUGGUCAGGAAGAUUCCCAACACUGCCACCAUUAACGAGACCACCAUCGAUGACAAGUACACCAUUUUGUUCAGUGAUGAGAACCCAAAUUCCUGCUCCAUCAUGUAGCUAAACUACGUACCACAAAAUCAGUACUGCAUGAAUAUUUUAUAUAAAAAGUUGUACGUAGGCCGCUUAUAAUCUCUGGGUGUUUUCUUACUUCUUCUUCCCUUUUUUUUUUUUUUGUGUGUAAUAGGGUAUCAUCAUAAUGCAAGUAUUAAUAUUUGAAAAUAA